GGUUCAACAUGGCAGCGUUGGUCGCCUUCGCCCCAUCGGCGCUGCUCGCCCUCCGCCUCGCUUCCUCCUCUGCGCCGUUGAAAGCUAGGUCCGCGCUCCAGUCUCGUAGCCUUCGAGCCUAUUCCGCUUCCUCCUAUUCCUAUGGCGGAGGGGGCGGCGAGGACGGGCGUUGGCAGCUGGUGCUAUACUCGAAGCCGGGAUGCUGCCUCUGCGACGGUCUUAAAGAGAAGCUCGACGCUGCGCUUUCGCUAGAGGGGGGUCCACAUUCCCUCCUCUCCGUCGAUCUCCAGGUGAGAGAUAUCACAGAGAAUCUCGAGUGGGAGCGGCUAUAUCAGUACGAGAUCCCAGUGCUGGCCAAAGUUCUUCCUGAUGGCUCUGAGGUUUCAUAAUCUCAUGCGGUGUGAAUGCUGAUCUUUGGUUAAAACUUUUAUCCAUCUGAUACAUCCAGCAGAAUGGAAUGGAAUGGGAAUGAAAAUGGGAAAUGGAUAUGGAAAUGGAAUGAAAAUGGAAAUGAUAAGUGGAAUGAUCCAUUCUUGGUUGGCUGUAUUAAUUGAAUGGUAUGACUUGUGGAAUGAUUUACUAUAUUUUUAGUUCAUCCAAUCAAUAUGGUAAUUUAACAUGCUUGAUCCAUCCAAUUUGCCAACAUGGCUAUGCUUGAUCCAUCCAAUUCGCCUAAACAUGAUUCUACCAUCCAGUCGUCCAACUGACCUAGGUGAUUCAAUUCUUCUAGUUCACUAGGCUUGUAUAGUCUAUCUAGUACAUUUAUGUGCCUGAUUCAUCUAGCUCACUCAAUCUUGUUUGCCCUGAUUGACCUAACUAACCCAACCUUGAUCACCCACACAAGUAGGCUGUCUUGCUUGGCCCAAUUGACCUAACGGCUUAAUAGGCAUGUUCAACUCAUCCAGUUGGUUUGCUUGAGCCUAUUCUAGCCUACCCAAUUCACUCAUCUUCUUUUUUUUUUCAAUUUUGCCGACGAAAAUAAAAAAUAAAAAUUAUAUUUAGUCUAGGUGGAAUUGACUAUGGAAUACUCUUCUAAAUCUAUGGAAUAAAAUAACUCAUUGUCCAAAAUGGCUGACUCCAUUCUAAGUUGCUUAUAGUAACAUUAGAAUGGAAACAUGGAGGAGAGAAAUAAUUCCCAUUCCAUUCCACUGUACCAAACACAUCUUUCAGUGUUUGUGAAAAUGUAUAUAAACCCAUGGUUGACAAAAUUGGGUCUUUUGCCUAAAUGUUAUUUAUUGGUUAUAUUUGAGUUUAUAUCAUCUUCUUGAGUCUGAUAUAGUUAUUUAGAUUUAUUAUUUGAGCAUCUUCAGAGAAUGUCUGCAUCAUGUUUGUCUUUACAACAUUAGUCAUGAUCUGGAGCUUGGAAUUGAAUAAGGGAUCUAGGAAUUUGGGAGAUCCUCUAAACGCAUCAAUUAAGAUUGCAUAUUUGUAAUUAUAGUUUUGUUGAUGCCCAUAUUCAACUAGAAUAGACAAUUGCAUCAUUUAUCCACAUUAACUGAAAUUUUUUAUGUGAAUUCACCUUCGAUGUGUGAUUUUUUUUGUGAUCAAGGAACCUAGGAACUUGAACUUUUGUUUGGAGUAGCUAAACUAAAACAAAUAUUAUUCUUUCAAGUAACACAGUGAAUCUAGAUUGCGCACCAUUGCUGCCCCAUAAAGACUGUUGAGAUUUGUCUAAAAUGCAGUUUAUUUGACAAAAUUCUAUCUCAUUGUUUGGCUUUCUGUUUGACCAUUUUUAAUGCCCGUCAUAUUUGUCUCUACCAUUAGUAAUGAUUUUGAGCUACGAAAUGAACAAAGGCUUCUAGAAGGUGUUCUUAAUACGGCUGUGUUGGUGCACGGCGAGAAAAGAUUGGACAAGUCUAAAAAAGUGCUGUUCUUAAUAAUAGAUAUUUAGUCCGAGAUUCCCGGGGAAAAUUUUCAGUCUAAAAAUUAUCAUCUCAGAAAGGCCUUACU